UCUCUCCACCAAACCCAGAAGAGAGACUCCCCCAGUCCUUAUGGCAAUGGCGCUUCGCAGACUCGUCACUAAGCCACUGCUCCAACCUCUCCUCGGCGCCAAUGCCCGCUCCUCCGUCUACCACAUGUCCGCUCUGUCCAGCCUGGCAGCUCAGGAUAAAGAGCAAGCUCGUACUACUUGGAUUAAGCAGCUCAAUGAGCCACUUGAGGUUAUUGAUCCCGAGAUUGCUGAUAUCAUUGAGCUCGAAAAAGCUCGCCAAUGGAAGGGGCUUGAGCUUAUUCCAUCGGAGAAUUUCACGUCUCUGUCGGUGAUGCAAGCUGUUGGUUCUGUCAUGACCAACAAGUACAGUGAAGGAUAUCCCGGUGCUAGAUACUACGGAGGAAAUGAAUACAUCGAUAUGGCUGAGACAUUGUGUCAAAAACGAGCAUUAGAAGCUUUUAACUUGGAUCCUGCAAAAUGGGGAGUGAAUGUCCAAUCAUUAUCUGGAUCCCCUUCUAACUUCCAAGUGUACACUGGAUUGUUGAAACCUCAUGAAAGAAUCAUGGCUCUUGAUUUGCCUCAUGGUGGACAUCUUUCACAUGGAUAUCAGACUGACACCAAAAAGAUAUCUGCGGUGUCAAUAUUUUUUGAGACAAUGCCAUACAGGUUGGAUGAAACCACUGGUUACAUUGACUAUGAUCAGCUGGAGAAAAGUGCCACACUGUUCAGGCCCAAGCUAAUAGUUGCUGGUGCCAGUGCUUACGCACGCUUAUACGAUUAUGCACGCAUACGCAAGGUCUGUGAUAAGCAGAAAGCUAUCUUGUUAGCUGAUAUGGCACACAUCAGUGGAUUGGUUGCAGCAGGUGUUAUUCCAUCUCCUUUUGAGUAUGCAGAUAUCGUUACAACCACAACUCACAAGUCACUUCGUGGCCCUCGAGGGGCUAUGAUCUUUUUCAGGAAGGGGGUGAAGAAUGUAAACAAGCAAGGGCAAGAAGUUAUGUAUGACUAUGAAGACAAAAUUAAUCAAGCUGUUUUUCCUGGACUCCAAGGUGGCCCACACAAUCACACUAUAUCUGGGUUAGCAGUUGCACUCAAGCAGGCCAUGACUCCAGAGUUCAAAGCUUACCAAGAGCAAGUUCUCCGAAAUUCCUCAAAAUUUGCAGAGAGCUUGCUAGAGAAGGGCUACGAUCUUGUUUCUGGUGGAACUGACAACCAUUUAGUGUUGGUAAAUCUGAGGGGCAAGGGAAUUGAUGGCUCAAGAGUUGAAAAGGUUAUGGAAGCAGCUCAUAUUGCAGCAAAUAAAAAUACCGUCCCAGGGGAUGUUUCUGCCAUGGUCCCUGGUGGUGUACGUAUGGGAACCCCAGCUCUGACAUCAAGGGGUUUUAUGGAGGAUGACUUUGCAAAAGUAGCAGAGUACUUUGAUGUAGCCGUGAAGAUAGCCCUGAAGAUUAAGGCAGCUACCAAAGGUACUAAGUUAAAGGAUUUUGUGGCAACUCUGGAAUCAGAUGGUCAAAUCCAAACUGAGAUUGCCAAGCUACGCCACGAGGUUGAGCAGUAUGCUAAAGAAUUUCCAACAAUUGGAUUUGAGAAAGAAACAAUGAGAUAUAAAGAAUGAACAGUAAACGUCACAGAUCAUUGUUAAAGUUACAUUUGGUGAAAAGCCACUAGUUGUGCCUGCAGAUGACUCCAAUACCGAAGCAUAUACUGAUCUUAAAGAACGGUAAUUUCAUACAUGGAGGACGUAAGUCAUUCACCAGUACAAUAAUGGAAUCUAUUAGGUAUCUAAUUUGAAUCUUGAUUCUUGUUUUAUUGAUUCCAGUGCCGUUUGUAAUUCUUGAUUAUGAUUUUUUAUCCUCAAUAACCAAGGCUAUUAUUUGUAUCCACCGAGUUCCUGUCAGCAUGAAGUGUUGUAACCUUGUAAUGCAUAC